UUCCCUCCCCCUGUUUCCCAUCCCCCAUUGCGGCUCGGCCAAACUUCCGCUGAGCUGUGCUUUGAAGGCCCGGCCCGGUCAGCCGGCGGCGCGGACACCAUGGCUUGGGCUGCGCCCUCUUUGCCCAACGAUAAGUCUCGGUUCAUCUGCAUAUAUCCUGCCUAUAUAAAUAACAAGAAGACAAUAGCAGAAGGAAGAAGAAUACCACUUGAGAAAGCAGUUGAAAAUCCAACACCGACAGAAAUUCAAGAUGUAUGUGCAGCAGUUGGACUUAAUGUGCUUUUGGAGAAAAACAAAAUGUAUCCCAGGGAGUGGAACCGUGAUGCACAAUAUAGAGGAAGAGUGCGCAUUGAGCUGAAGACAGAAGAUGGCAAACUAUGUCAGCCUCAGUUUCCAACACGUAAGGCAGUGAUGCUAUAUGCAGCAGAAACAAUUCCUAAACUAAAAACAAGGACACAGAAAAUGGGAAGCAGUGACCAAAGCCUACAGCAAGGAGAGGGAAGUAAAAAAGGUAAAGGAAAGAAGAAGAAAUGAGUGUGGCUGAUACAUAUGCAAUGUAUUAAGAUGAAUAUAGAUGAAGGGGAUUAUUGGCAUCUGAACUGAAAGUUGGAGAAACAAAUGAGAACUGUCAAAACUUUCUGGACUGGACUUUGUUUCACUUUUAUCUAAUGCUACAACAGAUCAAUUGGAAAUAUAUGGAAACAUCUACUUUAGUAUUUAUACUGAAAAGCUUGUCUAUUAAUGUGCAGAAAUACAUUAAAAAUGGACACAGUCAAUACUUCAUAGAUCUGAUUGACCCUGAUAUGGUCCAGAUUGGUAAAGAUAACAGAGGAAUAGGUUAAUUCAGUGUUGUAUGACGCUUCUAAACUGAUUAUUCUCAUUAUUAAAAUAAACAACUCUUUGAAUCAAACCGUUUAGAAAGCACGGUCUUAAAACUUCCUCAGUCUAAAAUAACUGGUUUUAAUUUUAUAUCUGAAUCAUUCUAUAAUGGAGCUAGGCAAUCUGAAGACCCCUCAUGAAUGAGGGAUGUUGUAACAUUUGUUUAGACUACUUGUAUAGAAUUUGAAUAGUCUAAUGAACGUGGAACGCAGACUACAGUCAGUCAGAUUUGCAUAUUCAACAAUAGUCGGAAGUUUAUCCAAUUUGUAAAAAUGUAUUUAAUUCUAAAAUAUUUAUGGGGGUAAAGUGUGAACUGUUUUGAUGUUGCUUCUGCAAUGUUCCUUAUGGUUUACCAUAUCUGUUAUAAUGCUUUUAGAGCAUGAUACAUAAUACUAUAAAAAAAAUCACUUUUAAGAAAUUAUUGUAAUUGGAUUAAUCCCAAAGUACCUUGGGCCAAUAUAUGUAUACUCUUUCUGCUUAAAUGAACUUGGUUACCCAACUGCUACCUGAGACUAGCAUAAAAUCAUGAUAAUACAAAAUUAUGACACAUUUAAGUUGGUGAAUUGUUUAGCCAAAAGUCACGAAUUCUUAACAGGAUUCGAGUAGCGAUACUGUGGCAGAGAAGUGUAAGUUCCUGUCACAUCAAAUAUAUUGUAUUUUAUGCACAUAGUGCCGUUCCUGUGUUCCCGUUUGCAGCUCUAGUGGUGCUUUGUGUCAUUCAGCCAAUUUGUCUUCAACUUUUCAGAGUUGAGCCCCACCUUUAGACCAAAAAUGCAUUUAUUUUUUUACCAUAUUUGUAUGGUUUUAGCGCUGCUGCUGUGACCUGCCUUAAGUGAGGCUGCAAAUCAAUCGUGGGUCCUAGCCUACCAGUUGGAAGACCAGUAGUUUGGUCCUCAAUAUCAGAACCCACAAAGUGCAUGAUUUUAAAUUUGCAAAAUGUGAAAGUUUUGCCAAAUUCCCCUAGAUGGCAGCAAUGUUAAACACGACUUGCUCAGUGGAAAACAGGACUCCUCUCAAGCAUGCUGUUAGACUUGCUCUCUUUCAAGUUUCUGUAGAGUAUUUUUUAAAAAUUGCCUUCUAGCCUAGUCUUGUCUUUAAAUGAUUUAAGUCAUA